AUGCCCGGUGCUGACCGAUCCAUCAUCGCCCACCGACUCGCCGUGGACCCAAACCACCGGCCGGUCGUACAGAAGAAACGGUAUCUCGCCAACGACAGGAGUGAAUUUGUAAAGAAGGAGGUGAACACGCUGCUGGCCGCGGGCCACAUCCGAGAAGUUAAAUACCCGGAGUGGUUGGCAAACGUGGUCCUCGUACCAAAGCCCCCAGCUUGGCGGAUGUGCGUGGAUUACACUGAUCUCAACAAAGCCUGCCCAAAGGAUCCGUUCCCCUUGCUGCGGAUCGAUCAGCUGGUCGACGAGACCGCAGGGUCGGCUCUGCUGAGCUUCAUGGACGCCUUCACGGGGUAUCAUCAGAUCUUCAUGCACCCGGCUGAUGAGGAGAAGACCGCGUUUCUAACACCGGACGGGGUAUAUUGUUACCGAGUUAUGCCCUUCGGGCUUAAGAAUGCCGGGGCUACUUACACGCGGAUGGUCGCCCGACUGUUUCAAGACCUGCUGGGGAAAUCCAUGGCAGCCUACGUAGACAAUAUGCUAGUCAAAAGCCGGGAAGAGAUCAAACACGCGGAAGAUCUGGCCGACUGCUUCCAGGUGAUGCUAAGGUAUAAUCUCCGACUGAACCCGAAAAAAUGUGCCUUCGCGGUGCAAUGA